GCCUCUCCUGCUUCUCUUGCCACCACCGCCCUCCCGCCAGCCUCUUCUCUGAUUGCUAGCUGCAUCCCUCCAGAUUGUGCCGAAGGGGACGAGCUGGAGAGCUCAGUGAGCGGCGCGAGGGCCACUGACGGCAGGAGAGCCAGAGCUAGCCGUGGGAGCUCCGGAACACACUGCGCACAGCUGGAGAGGCCUGGUCCAGCAGAGCCUGUCUUCAGGAGUACCUGUAGAUCCUAACCAGGUGACCUAGCUUGACCUUUAAAUCAUCCCUCCUCUGCCUCUCAUCUUCAGUCUGCACCAUUGGAGAAAAUACCUACAUGGCAGGAUCAAACCAUUUUAUGCCAAUUUCUGAUAUGUUGCUAUGAGGAAAGGAAUCAGAAAUGACUGAUGUACAGCCUGUGGUCACAGAUUUUUCAUCUUCAGGAAGGACAGGUCGUCGGAAUGCCUUACCGGACAUCAGGGGUUCUCCUGGUAGUCCUGGAUCAUCAGAACUGCCUAAAAAGCUAGAAAACCUCAGCUUGUCACAAGAUAAUGCUGAAAGUACUGUUGACCAUGAUCCAACAAACAGUGGAGAAAAACGACCGAGCAAUAACAAUAUGGAAAAUAAACCAGAGAUUAAAAAGGAAGCUCGUAAACAUUAGGGAGUGCUAGACUUAUGUAUGCAGAGGGAGAUACUAAUGGCCUUAUGGUUCUGCUUUUCCUAAAUCUCAAGAUCUGGUAGUAACUAUAGUGACAACUGCAGGUCUGUGCAACAUAUCUGUGUUUGGAAAAUUUUGAUGUGAAUCUACUUACUUAGAUUUCUGCACCAAUUUCUGCUGUAGGUCAUUCAAAAAGCAAGUGAUCUUCAAUUUGCAACCAGGAAAGAGGGGGGAAGAAUAUGGAGUUUUUAACAUCUGUCAUUGGGUAUGCUGCCUGAGAUGAACCCAAUUAAAUUGACUUUCAUGUUCUAAAAUAAUGAAAAAAUUGAGCUAAAAUGGCUUUCUUUUUUUUCUCAUUUAAUUUUUAUUGAAGCAAGAAAACAGUGAUUGAGCAUGGAGUGGGAAGGGGGGCUGAUUUAUCAGGUUAUAAGGACCGGAGGCCUAUCCCUGGAGACACUAUCCAAACAUGAACAAUUUAGCACCCUACAGCUCCCUCUGAUGGCGUGUCAUAUUGGCUAGAGAUCUCACCAGCCUUGGGGUUAGCAUGACUUAACUUCAAGUCUGCCUCUGACACACACUGACUAUGGGAGCUUUGAAAAAUUAUUUAACUUCUCAGUACUACCAGGCUACUCUCUCAAAUUAUAAAUGAGUUUUCCAUCUGCAUUGGUAGAGGUAGUUUCCUCACCAGGAGUUCCUCUAUACCAAUGAAGCCAAAGGUUCAAAGUCUGCCCUCCCUCCUCUUCUCACCCCAAAGAAAGAACUAUGUAAAAGGUAUGGGAGGAAGAAAGUAAAAAUUUACAAUAAGAAAAAAUUUCCCCCAAGAAUGUACCAGAUUUUUUUCUUUAGCUGUGAAAAUGUUUUGAAAAGUUGUAAACAUUUCAGCAAUUUGCUAAUCUCUGAGCUUUCUUUUAAUAAUUUUCUGCUUAAUAUUAUUUUGUGUACUAUUUCUGGGUUGGGUUUUUUUUUCCAUGUAGCCCUUGAAAGUCAAAAUUUGUAAGCAACUUGACUUAUUUCAUUGGAACAUGCAGAUUAAAAUCAUUGCAUCUCC